AUGGUGUUUGUAUCGUUUAUACGGUUCGCCAAAUGUUCAACCAAGGCAUCAUAUAUAUCAACAACACGAACGCGGACCAAGACUCAUCAACCGUUUUUCCGGUCAUCCUACCCUUAUUUAAACACAAGUGGCUACUACCAAGGUUUGAAAAAGUAUGACGAGUGUUUAUACAAGGCAAAAUGGUGGACAAGGUUGAACCAUGAAUCUGCAGAGCAUUCAAGGUCAUUUUUGAGAAUAUCAAACGGCCACUAUGGUCUAUACUACUCGAUGUACAAUCAAGAAUCGGAAAGAAAAGAAAAACAACAGGAAUAUAGAGCUUAUACUAGACAAUAUCUAAAAAGGCAAUUUCAACAAGGUGACAGAAGUGUUUUCAAACAGUACAUUGUAAACAGAUUUUCCCAAAAUCAAUAUAAAAAUAAAAAUAAAAAUAAAAAUAAGGGUAAUCACAAGAGAAGCCGACGAACUCAGCAGUAUUAUCUUUAUCACAUUUUUGCAUUUAAAUUAUUUAUUAUUGGAAUCACAGCUAAAUUUAUUAUUCCAACAGCAUUAAAAGAAUCUCAAACAAAUUUCAGUUUGGAAAAUUUGAAAAGUUUGACUUUUAAAAUUCUACCCUUAGCUUUAUGUCAGUCCGUUGCUAAUAACAAAAAUGAUCAUAUAAGUUCCCCAAUAGAAGCAAAAUGUAACAAUAUCAAUGUGUUUUCGGUAGGCUUUUCAAAGAGACUGUUUAGCACUACUACCAUAGCUACCACUCAAUAUAAUAAUCAUAAGCUACCGUUGAAAAAGAAGGAAGACUCAUUAAAACCAAGAGUUGAAGUGUCUCUUGAGGGAAAAAAGGUUAAUGACGACAAUGACAACAACAACAACAACAACAACAACAACAAUAAUAAUAAUAAUAAUAAUGAAAAUGAUGAAUUCAAUGAUAGAUUUUUAACCACGCAAAUCACCCAAAUACGGAACAUUUACAAAGAUUUUACAGAUCCAGAGGAUCUCAACAUUAUAUACCCAUUGUACCAAUCCAUAAAAAGGAACGGGCUAAAUCUACACGAUAUCGAGGUUUAUGACAUUAUACUAAAGUCUAUCAAGCAAAGAAGUCUCGAUAGUGAACCUGAUUUACAAGCUGUUGAAUGCAAAUUAACCAAUUUGUUAACAGUGUAUCAAGAUCUCCUCGAAGCUAGCAUCAAACCAAGUCGGGAAACAUAUAACAUAAUAAUCAAUGCAUUAUUAGAUGGCAGUUUGACCUGCUUGCAAUUACCCACUACUAAUUCGUUUCAAUUUUACAAUUAUACUCAAAAGGCAAAAGAGUUUGCACAAAUAAGCCUUGAACUAGUACACUCGGUUCAUAAUCAGUUGAAUGAAAAAGCAGACAUUUUUUUCAAAAUUGCAAAAUUGGCACAAGCUUUUCCAAAUCUCAUUACUAAGGAGUUGAUGACUAUUUUCGUGCCAAUACUUGGAAAACACGAGUCAAAAGAUUACUCUUUUUACCUUGAGGCAUUGAAUUUCAUUGCACUUUUCAAAGGUUGUACUGAUAUUCUUGAUAAGGAGGCGAUUUAUCAUUUGAUUGAAAAUAUCUACCUGAAGUUGAGACUGUUUGACAAUUUGGAUGAGUUUAAAGUUUACUCUGCAUUAAUGAGAUCCAUGUUAUUGAAUGAUUUUACAAAUCCCGCAAGCCAGUUAUUGGAUAAUGUUCUUAUUGACUACAAGGACUCUUUACAAUUCAGUAAAAGACCAAACAAGAAGCAAGUUGGUGAUUUGAUUGCCGUUUUCUUGCAAACUUAUACUACUAAAUUUGGGGUUCUCAAGGGAUAUGAUUUGUUGCAGAAAUUUGAAUCAGUGGCAUUUAUUCCAGAAUUACCGGUUUCUUUGUACAACUUUUUCAUCAACCAGUUAAACAAGUACACUUGUCAAAACCAAGACCAAGAUCAAGAUCAAUAUGAAAAUAUGUGGCUGUUGUAUAAUAGAAUUGCUUAUAGAAAAGACUUUCAAGCAAUGUCUACAAUUGAUAUGAUGAGUAUUGAUGAACUUUCAUGUCGCGAUCUUUUGUUGUACCUUGCUAUUGGAAAAGGUGACCAUGAACGAGUGUUUCAACUAAUUAAAGAGAUAUUGUUAAAAGAGCACUUGAUUGGAGAUCAAGAAGUUUUAAGAAUUUUGUUGAGCUAUUUGAAUAAUGGUGUCAUUCAUAAUAGAGGUGAAGGUGAACUUUUUAAUCAACAAUAUUUUGGAUUGCUUUUUCUGCUUUUAGAAACGCAAGGUAAAUAUUACACCACAUCAACAUCUUUGAAUGAUUUUAUUUCCGAGUACAUUCCAUAUAUGAUUAUUAAUGUACCAUUUGAGUUUGUAUCUGCUGCUGAUGAUCCGUCAGCAGUGGCGAACGUGACUAAUUACAAUGUUCAAGUUUUGAUGAAUUCGCCUUUGGUUGUUAAAUGUGCUGAUGAGUUUAACCUUGAAAAGGAUAACAUUUACGGGAUGCUUUUCAUUGGCUCGCAACUUUUGAACUAUUCAGGCACAGAUAAACAGGUGCUCAAGAAUAUUGCAAACUUUGAAGCUUGCUUGAUUAAUCAAUUUGAAGACCCAGCUAACCAUUACCUUGAGCUCAAUGAUGAGGUUAUUGAGUUCAAGAAAUUGUUGUGUGAUCAUUUCAAGACCUUGAUGAGCACGUUGAAUGCAGACCUCGAUAUAGAUUCAACCAGUUUAUUGAGUCAAGCAUGUAACUACUUGAAUGUAAACACAAACACAACUCAGAAUGGUACCAAACCCGAGAAACUUUGCAACAACAAUUUGUUUGACCAAGAUUUGGAUUUGAGUUUUGUUUUGAAUGUGAACUACAAGAAAGGAGUUUCCAAGUUUGUUCAAUAUUUUGGACAGGGACAUAAAUUCCAAGUCAAGACUUGGAACAUCAUCAUCAAUCAAGAAUUUAUAGACACUUACUUGCCAACAAUUGGCAUUUUGAACAUUUUAGAUCGGGUCUGGUUGACAAAUUGUGACAUUGACAAGAAAAUAAUUUUACUAAAGCGACUAAUUGCAUAUGAUAACGAGGAUGUAAAUACCGGUAUUUUUACAUUCUUGAAAGCAAAUAAGCUAUAUGACGCUGGAUGUUUAAAAGCAUUGUUUGAAUCGAGCACUAGACUCAAGACAUUGCACAUGGAUUUUGAUAUUGAUUCAGCUUUGAAAGCAAACGAGAGUUGUACUUGGAUAAUUCCAUAUCUUCUCUACUUGAAGCAGAUGAAAGACUUUGCAUCUAUCAAAUUGGUUGGAUCUAAACUUCGAGUCCAAAGUAAUGAGAUCAAACUACUUCUUCUUGAAGCCGAACUUGAGUGCAAUGAUACCAAGGGAUUUAAAGAAGCGUGCACUCAGUUUGAAGUUCCUUCACAGCCCGAGCUUACUGCAUUAAUGAUCAUGUACGAACUUGAUUGUGGUGUUAGACCUAGUGAAAUUUUAGCUAAAGAAGAAGAGUAUGUUGGAGACUGUGUACAAUUAAGCGAAGCAUUGGCUUAUACCAGAUUUUUAAACUCUUUAGAGGAAGGAAAAUUCGAGUAUGAGACAUCAUCAUUCAAAUCAACAAGUCACAUGGCCAGCUCCUUAUUAUCUACAGGUGACGUAAAUGUCAUGAAGAGAAUUAUUGAGAGGCAGCAGAACAAGCAUGAUGUUGGGGAAAGUUUAAUUGCAAGCAUGUUGAACAUUCUCAAAACCGCGUUUACUAAACAUAACAUACCAAAGGACAUUAUAAUUCGUAAACUAAUGGUGCUCAUUAAGUUUUUCAAGUUUCUAAGAUUGCCUUCAUUGCCUUUAGAGAAUUUUUUACAAAUCAUUGAGAUUUUGAAAGUGACUAAAUCUGACAUCUUGCAAGUUUUGAUUAGAAGACUAUUUGGUGGUAAAGGUGGUGUCGAAGGAAUGGCUGAUAUUGUAAAUUUCUAUUUCAUGGAAGUUAGACUACUAGAUCAAACUUCUAAGCAACAAGUUAUGGAUGUGCUACGAAGUUAG